AUGGGACAACAACAGUCUGGAGGUUUUGGUGGAAAAGGAAAUGACCGUGGAGCAGGAGACGGUGACAAAAAAGAGAAAAAGAAGUAUGAGGCACCAAUUCCAUCUCGCAUCGGGAAAAAGAAGAAGGGAUCAAAAGGACCUGAUGCGGCUAGCAAACUUCCAGGUGUAACUCCACACGCAAGAUGUCGUCUGAAGUUGUUGAAAAAUGAAAGAAUCAAGGAUUAUCUUUUGAUGGAACAAGAAUUCAUUCAGAAUCAAGAACGUUUGAAACCACAAGAAGAAAGACAAGAAGAAGAAAGAACUAAAGUCGACGAAUUGCGUGGAACACCAAUGGCUGUUGGUUCUUUGGAAGAAAUUAUUGAUGAUCAACAUGCGAUCGUCUCAACUGUAAGUUGUUCAAAGAUUUUUUUCGUGAAAGAAUUAAUUUUUUUCAGAAUGUUGGAAGCGAACACUAUGUGAACAUUAUGUCAUUUGUCGACAAAGAACAACUUGAACCAGGAUGUUCUGUUUUACUAAACCACAAAAAUCAUGCGGUUAUUGGUGUUCUUUCCGAUGAUACCGAUCCAAUGGUUUCGGUGAUGAAACUCGAAAAAGCUCCACAGGAAACAUAUGCCGAUGUCGGAGGACUCGAUCAACAAAUUCAAGAAAUCAAAGAGGCUGUCGAACUUCCUCUUACUCACCCUGAAUAUUACGAAGAAAUGGGAAUUCGUCCACCAAAAGGUGUCAUUUUGUAUGGUUGCCCAGGAACCGGAAAAACACUCUUGGCAAAAGCCGUCGCCAAUCAGACAUCGGCCACUUUCUUGAGAAUUGUUGGUUCAGAAUUGAUCCAAAAAUAUUUGGGAGAUGGACCAAAAAUGGUCAGAGAACUUUUCAGAGUUGCUGAGGAGAAUGCGCCGGUAAGAAAUCGCUUUUAAAACUAUUUCGCAGAAAAAAAGUAUUUUUAGUCAAUCGUUUUCAUCGAUGAAAUCGACGCUGUCGGAACUAAACGUUACGAUUCGAAUUCUGGUGGAGAACGUGAAAUUCAACGUACAAUGCUUGAACUUUUGAAUCAACUUGAUGGUUUCGAUUCGCGUGGAGAUGUCAAAGUUUUGAUGGCCACAAAUCGUAUCGAAUCACUUGAUCCCGCUUUGAUUCGUCCUGGUCGUAUUGAUCGCAAAAUUGAAUUCCCAUUGCCUGAUGAGAAAACAAAAAGAAGAAUUUUCCAGGUUCAUAGAAAACUUCAUACAAUUGAUUUCAAUUUUGAAAAAUUGCAGAUUCAUACAUCUCGAAUGACACUUGGCGAAGAAGUCAAUUUGGAAGAAUUCAUUACAGCAAAAGAUGAAUUGAGUGGUGCUGAUAUCAAGGUAAAACAACAGUUUCACUGAUAAAUUAUCCUAACUCGUCUAUUUCAGGCAAUGUGCACUGAAGCUGGUUUAUUGGCAUUGCGUGAACGUCGUAUGCGUGUCACAAUGGAAGAUUUCCAAAAAUCGAAAGAAAAUGUUUUGUAUCGCAAGAAAGAAGGAGCACCCGAAGAAUUGUAUUUGUAA